UCAAAGGCACCAAUACUAAGCAUGAACGACGACGUAUUGGAGUCGAUCCCAAGCAACACCGAACCACGCGUAGCCCAUGCGCAAGCCAUCAAAGCCGGCAACACCGACCGCUCGACGUACAACAAGCUCGUCACCCUCUACUCCAAAUCCAACCUCUUCUCCUACUCCCUCCGCCUCUUCCACCAAAUCCCAUCGCCCAACGUUGUCUCAUGGACCGCCCUCAUCUCCGCCCACGCCAACACCCUCCACUCCCUCCACCACUUCAUCUCUAUGCUCCGCCACCCAACCUUCCCCAACCAGCGGACCUUUGCCUCUCUCUUCAAAACCUGCACCGCGCUCCCUUGCUUCUCUUUCGGCCUUAGCCUCCACUGUAUGUCCCUGAAGCUCUCACUCUCUGGCGAACCCUUUUCUGGGUCUGCGCUUAUCCACUUCUACUCCAAGUAUCGCUUACCGGAUGAAGCUCGUAUGGUGCUCGAUGAAAUUCCUCACAGAGAUGAGGUUUGUUAUUCCGCCAUUGUUGUGGGACUCGCGCAAAAUUCACGGUCCAUCGAUGCGUUAUCGAUGUUUGCUGAUAUGAGAGCUUGCGGUGUGGCAUCCACGAUGUAUAGUGUCUCGGGUGCGCUCCGUGCAGCUGCAGAGGUUGCUGCAUUGGAGCAAUGUAGGAUAAUACAUGCCCAUGCGGUGGCAACCGGGUUAGAUACAAAUGUGAUUGUGGGUAGCGCUCUGGUUGAUGGAUAUGGAAAAACAGGUUUUGUCUCGGAUGCAAGGCGGGUUUUUGAUGAGAACUUGCCGUGUAUGAAUAUAGUUGGGUGGAAUGCAUUGAUGGCUGGCUAUGCACAGCAAGGGGACAAGAACUCGGCCCUCGAGCUUUUCAAUUUAAUGGAAGCUCGAGGGCUUGUACCGGAUGAAUAUAGCUUUCUAGCAGUCCUAACAUCGUUUAGCAAUGCGGGUUUGGCUGCCGAGGCGGAACAGUGGCUGACACGCAUGGAAGUAGAUUAUGGUUUGGAACCGGGGUUAGAGCAUUAUACAUGUUUGGUGGGUGCAUUGGGAAGAGGUGGUCGAUUACAAGAAGCUGAGAGAGUUGCGAUGACAAUGCCUUUUGUGCCAGAUGCUGCAGUGUGGCGAGCUCUGCUAUCCAGUUCUGCAUAUCAUGGUGCAGCAGACAUGGCUUUGGCUAUGGCUAAACGGUUAUUGGAAAUCAACCCGCAUGAUGACUCAGCUUAUGUGAUUACUGCCAAUGUGUUUUCGGUUGCCAGUAGGUGGGAUGAGGUUGCGGAAGUGCGGAAGAUGAUGAAAGAUAGGAGGGUGAAGAAGGAAGGUGGCAGGAGUUGGAUUGAAGUGCGAGGGAAAGUGCAUGUGUUUUUGGCUAGGGAUACAAGGCAUGAAAGCACAGAGGAAAUAUAUGAGAAGUUGGCUGAGCUAAUGAAAGAGAUUGAGAAAUUAGGUUACGUGCCGGUUUGGAAAGAGAUGAUGUUGCAUGAGGACGUAGGGGAAGAAGAGAAAAAGGAAGCGCUUUGGUAUCAUAGUGAGAAGCUGGCAGUGGCAUUUGGGGUGGUGAGUGGAGCUGCACCACCGGGGAAGGCGCUAAGGAUUGUGAAGAAUCUUAGGAUUUGUAACGAUUGUCAUGAGGCUUUUAAGUAUUUUAGUAGGGUGUUGGAGAGGGAUAUCAUCGUGAGGGAUGUAAACAGAUACCAUAGAUUUUUAAACGGUAGCUGUUCUUGUGGAGAUAUCUGGUAACAUGUAGGAAAUCAUGAGGCACUAUAAUUCUGCUCUCCAAGGGAGAAAGAAUGCAGACCCUUCAAAUUUUUCCUUGCACAUUUUAUUUAAAUCCAACGCUCACUGAUAAAGA